UUGGCAUCAUGUGUAGGGAUAAUGGGGAAAAUAUUCGAUCUCAAAAUCUUUUUCCAUGGGUUUCUUCUACGCGGUGGUUAUGACUACGUCUUCUCGCCUUUGUUUCGGUUUGAUUGGAGUGAUUGGGCUUUAUUUCAGGGAUUUAGGAGUCUGGUCUUCUGGGAUCUGCGGGCAACAUCUGCGGGAUUCUCAGUUUCCUUUUUGGGCGGCUCAGUGGAUUGGUUUCGGGUUCGCGUAUCUGGAUAUCAAGGCUGUUUUUAUUGUGGAAUUGCGUUUUCUUCUCCUCUUGGGUUUGUAGCAGUUACUGAUGGUUUGUUUAGGUCUUCUGAGGCUCAUUAUAAAUUGGUCUCCAGUCCUGUGGAUAUCCUUCAUCCUCUAUCGCUUUCUCUCAAUUCCUUUUCAAAGUAUCAGUGGGUUUCUGUUGGGUGUUCCCGAGUGUUUUGUCUUUUUGGUUCCGGUGGGCUCGUGUUUCUUGCUCUUUCCUUGGAAGUCAUGUCUCAGAGUGGGUUGUUGAAAGCGGCUAUGAAUGGUAGCUCUUCGGGGUCCGAGGGGAAGCUUAAGAUCAGGGUUCCACAGUUUGACAACUCUGCGUUGAUUGAGGGUUAUGCUAAGACCUUAAUUGGCAGAUGCAUGAAUCCCGCAAUGCAGGAUAUGAAGGCGCUGUUGUUUAUGCUCCCGCGGAUUUGGAAGCUUGAGGAGAGGGUGGUUGGUGCUGAUCUAGGUCUGGGUCGUUUUCAGUUUGACUUUGAUCAAGAAGAGGAUAUUCACGAGGUCCUGAAGUUAGAGCCGUAUCAUUUUGAUCAUUGGAUGCUUUCUUUGGUCCGAUGGGAGCCAGUGGUGGAUUCACGGUACCCUUCUAGUCUCAAAUUCUGGAUUCGUGUGAUGGGAGUUCCCUUACACUUUUGGGCAGAUGAGACCUUCCGUAGUAUAGGUUCUGAUUUGGGCGAGGUAGAGGAGGUGGAUCUCGACAAUGGUAGGGUUAGGGUUGUUUUGGAUGGUUUCAAGCCUCUGGUGUUUGAUGCCUCGGUCGAAUUUCAUAGUGGGGAGGAGACGACUGUGUCCUUACGGUAUGAGCGUUUAUAUGGAUACUGUCGAAGGUGCAAUAGUCUUUGUCAUGAUGUUUCACGGUGCCCACUCUUGGGUGGUAAUGGGAAGCAGAAGCUGGAAGAUAGGUUAGAGCCUCGGCAAGAUGACAAGCUUCAGAGUUACAAGGGGGCCAUGGUCAAUGGGGGAAACCCUGGGAAUGCUUCAGGCUCCAAUGGAGAUAGUUCAGGGGGGUCUCACCAAGCCUCUCUUGCAGGAUAUGGUCGUGGUGCAGGAUCUCACCCUGUUAAUCAUCGGUACAAGCAGGGAUUUGGAAACAAGGCAAGGAAGGGUAGAAAGGAUUUUAAUUCUCGGGAGAGGUCAGUGAGGCAGGAUAGAAACACGCCUUUGGUUUCUGCUCCUGUCUCAAGUUCUCAGGUUGCAGUCUCGGGAGAUGGACUAAAUCUGCUAAACUCCAGUGAGGUGGGACUCCACUUCUCUGAUAAUGAGCAGAAGAUGCUUGAUGCCUUCUUGGGAUCCAAUGUGGAGGUUGUUGUGGCUCCGGAGGGUCCGCUGGUUGAUGAGGAGCCUGUCACUGUGCAAGGUACUACUCAGAGAGUGUGUAAGAACUUGUUUCCCGCUUCUGGGGAAGCAAGUACCAUGGGUUCGGGUUCUAUGGAGCUGUCGCAGCAGGAGGUUUUGUUCUCGGAUGCUUUAGGUGAGUUCUUGGAUCACGAGUUCUCUAUUAGGGACAACCAGCCCCAGGGUGUUAUGAACACGAUUCUGGAAGAGAAUGGUGGUGUGUCUGAGGUGUCUCAUGAAGAGGAUGCACUAUUAUCGAAUGAGGUGGUGCAUUCUGCAGAGGAGGGAAACAUUGUGGUGGCUGGCUCUGAUCAAGAUUCAGCUGGGAUGCUUAGCGAGGCUGCAGAGGGCUCCUCUGAGGAUAAGUCACACGGUGAGGAAGUUGGGGACAUGGUUCAACCUCCUCGGCCCAAGCUGGCUAAGGGUAAGGGUGUUCUACCGGGGGUUAGCCUUAAGAAGAGGAAUAUGCUUUCCUUAACUUCACCACGUAAGAAGGUGGCCACCAAGGGUGUUGGACUGCAGGGGCGAGCCGGUUCUCACCAGGGAGGAAAGCCUCCAGGCUCUUCAGCUAAUUGAUGGGUGUAGUGCGUAAGGGUUGGCAAGGGGGUGAGGUUGCUAUCUUCCUGACUCGGUCCUGGUUUUUCUUUUGGGAUCAGGCUUCGGUUUGGUCUUCUUUGUUUUUCCCGCUUUUUUCAAGUUUUUGGUAUGGAAUAAGUUGUCAACAGUUGAUCCGUAUGAUCGAUGUUGUUUUUUCGAUUUCCUUCCCGUGUUUGGGGUUAGAAUGUCCCUGUUUUGUUUUUGCUCAAUGGAUCCUCUUUGUAUCAGAAUUAAUAAAACUUUGUCACCCUUCCUUUUCA